AACACAAUUUUCAGUCUCGCGGCAAAACUUGAAACGAACGGUUGGAUAACACGGAAAACGCGCAAAACGCGGUGAAAAAGUGAAAAAUUUAUUAAAAAAAAAAACAUAUAUACACACACACACACAUGUGUAUGUAGUUAUAUAAGUGUGAAAAUAUAAGUCCACGUGACCAAAUAAACGGCAACAAAGCAGCAGAAAGUAAAGCAAAAAAUAAAAAUAAAAUUAAAAAAAAAAAUUAAUAAUAAUAAUAAUGAAAUUGUGAAAUUACGAAAACAGUGCAAGAUAUAAUAAAAAAAAGUAUUCAAAACAAAAAAAAACAGGAACAAAAAAAUAAAAAAUUUGUCGUCAGCAAAAAUUUUCAAUCAAAGUAAAUUCAAUUUAAAAGCUACCCUCAGUGUGCUCCUCACUCAGCCAGGCAUCUAUUGAACACGGAAAAAGCGAGGUGCUUCGCAUUGCAUUUCCGCAUUUGAAGUGAAAGAAAAGCAACUGGGGCGAAUAAAUCAAAAGCAACAGUAAUAGCGACAUAACAGCCACACACAAUUGUGUCCCAUAUGUUAAACUCAUUUAACUAGAAACAAAGGUGUGGACACAAGCCGAGAUUCUUCUUUUCGAAAUCUGGCAGGAGAAUAAAAUUUUUUAAAAGGCCAACUGGAGAAAACAGCAAUAAAAUAUUGAACAUGCACAUACACACGCAUAAACGAGAGUUAUUAUGAGCCGUGCCGUUUCGCUGCCGACAUUACCAUUUCAGAUAUGCAAACACACAUACGCUCCCAUACACAUAAAGAGCGCAAAAGCAUGAGACAAAUAAAUGAGAGCACAGCAUUUCUUUAAAGAAGAGGCGAAUGUUCCGUAUAUGUGUAUGUAUGAGUGUGUAUAAAAUAAUCAGCCGCAGCAACAUCUGUUGAAUGCCGUUGUAAUCGAUUGGAAUUGCCGCAACGACAACAAAAAAACACGACGCAGGACUAUGCAGACGCAGAUACACAACCAACACAUGCGCAUGCAAUUAAAUAGUGAUUUAGAUUUUUUGCCCGACAAUAACGGGGGAUAUUAAAACUGUGGCAAACAAAACCGAUAAGGGCGGCUAAACGCAAAAAAGAACAAAGCAUAGAGAUAAGCAAUACUUGUGCUUGCGGAGCAGUAAGUGCCAACGCGGUGGACACGCACUUCACUCAUUCUAGCGCACCGCCAACGUAGCAGUCUUCGUGGCACGCAAUAUGGCCGUGCCCAUCGAUGAGGGCGUGCUGAGCGCUUUGCGCGGCAUAACGAGCAAAAAUACACGUCUGCCCAAGCCGUUGCUCAUCAAAGUUUAUGUGUCCAGCCUGAAGGAGGAAUUCUGCCAAGAGCGACGCAUGCUUUUGGAACUAGUGGGACCCGAGCUACAGUCCAUCUAUGAUGACAGACAAAUCGAGAUUGAAAUCGUCGAUAUGCACUUUGGCACUGGCCCAUUGCAAAUUAUGCAAGUCGAACAAGAGCCAUAUAUACUCCAUGACUAUCUGCAUGAAAUCGAGACUUGCUACAACAAUUCGAAAAGUGUCUUUUUCCUGGCACUUAUCGGCGAUAGCAUCGGUCCCAUGCCAUUACCGACGCACAUCGACGAAGACAUUUUCACCGACAUACUACAGCAGGCGCAAACGAGCACUGACGACCGAAACCUGCUGCAAAAAUGGUACGCAAAGGACAGCACAGCAGACGCAAAAACUGCCAACAGCAGCGGAGAGGGGGGCGUUGCGCCCGCACACGCAUAUGUGCUCAAGCAGGACUAUCGUUCAAUGUUACUUGAAAAAUGGCAUCCGGAGUAUUUGCAGCUGCGUGACGCUAUUGAGCGCUCGCUGCAAAGCAUUAAACAAAAUGCAAACUGCUCUAAAACGCAGCCGGACGACUUCACCAAGCGCGUGCAGAAACUAAGAGAAACUCAACUGGAAAAGGAAGUGCAAAGAGCACUGGAGCUUUCGAAUGACAAAAUUUUGGCUGUGUUUCGUGAAUGGUCUUCACAAAUGAGCACCAAAAAUGCGGAGGCUGGCGAACGAUUGAGGAAAAUGAAGGAUGAGCUCACUAUGAAUUUGUCUUCCGACAAUUAUACCACACUAGUUGUCGCCGGCAAAUCGAAUGAUGGCACAAUCGAUCCUGACAAUGAAGAUCACGAAACAUAUUUGAGCAAAUUUAAGAACAAAGUAUUUGACAAACUACGCUUUCUCAUCGAAGAGCAUAUAACCAACGAUCCUGAUGUCAUCAAGGGGAGAAGAAAGACUGUGCAGGAAAUUUUCCACGAACAUGCCACACACUUACGCAUCCUCCGCGAGCAUCAUGAUGCCGCUGCACUUGCCUCGAGUCGCGUGCCCGGCCGCCUGCGUCAAAAUCUGCUGGCUAAUUUCCGCAAUGGCAGUCGCCAUGCGCCCUACUUCAUCUACGGCCCACACGGCAGCGGCAAGAGCGCGCUCAUGGUCAACUUGUACCACCAGUGCCGCGAUUGGUUCAACUCGACGCGCGUUUAUCGCGUUAUGCGCUUCGCCGCCGCCUCGCCACGUUCCGCCUACAAUCUCGAAUUAUUGCGCGUGAUUUGCCAACAAAUCUCCAUUAUUUACGAUAUACCCGAGGGUUAUCUGCCCAAGGACGCCUCAUUCGAUCCGGUGUAUAUCAACAGUUGGUUCCAGAAUCUGUUGCGCCGCAUCGAGGAUAUGAAUAAUGAUAUAUUUUUCAUUUUCAUCGAUGAUCUGCAUUUAUUGAAUCCACUCGAUUGUGAUGUGGUCGCGGCGUUAUCCUGGUUGCCGACAUCUUUACCCUGGAAUGUACAACUUAUUUGCUCGACAACCACGCCCAUCGAACAGUUGCGCUUCACACCCAUACAACGUGAUCGCUUCAAAUCGGCGGAGUUUCUUUUCGAUUUGUCAACGGAGGAGAAUCGCACCGAAUUGCAUAAGCCUCUGGCGCUUGCCGCCGAUUUGCCGGAUAUUUCAUUUACGGAUUUCGUGGCACACGAAUUCGACCGUUUGGAGGCGUGUUAUGGCAGAAGAUGUGUGGCACGCUUGGCUGGCUAUAUUACAUGUUCGGAGUUUGGCUUAUCGGAAACUGAGUUGUUGGAGCUAUUGAUGCCUACUGAGGAUCCGGAAAUGUUUGUGGAUACAGAGCGCGGCAACUUCAACUUUUCCACAUUCAAGCAGAUACACAAUGAUAUGAAAUUCCUACUGCGCGAUAAAAUAAUGUCUGGCAAAGUGCUGCUGCAGUGGCGCCACAGUUACUGCGCCGAGCUCUCGAGAAAGCGCUAUAUGGACGCCCUGAGCACACGUGCCAUGCACAUAGCCAUUGCCAAUAUAUUCUUUCAGCAGGAGAGUGAGGAGAACGACGUCAGCACUAGUGAGAAUGCCUCAGGUGAAAGUGACAAACACUCAGUUAUCAGUCAAAAGGAGAAGGAGAGCAUAUCGGCAUCCGAACGCAAAUCAUCAUCACAUCACAAUGAUGACACAUCCACCUUUUAUAAUCCCAUCGCCGCCGAUGUCUCGUAUAGUAUGCGUCAUGUGGAGGAGAGUUGGCAUCAUUUGAUGCGCUCCGAUGAUAUUGCGAAAUUUAAGCAAAUUGCUGUUUGUAAUUUCGACUUUCUUCUGGCAGCGGUUCAAACCGUCUCCAUCAGCUAUCUGCGUUGCCUCAUCGAGCAUGUACGCUGCUAUCUGCUGGAUCGGGAUAUCGAACUCAUCUAUUAUACAAUACGCAAGUCGAGCGACGUGCUCACACGUGAUCCAAUGCAGCUUGGCUCACAGCUCAUCUCCUGGCUGCGGCCAAUCAGCGAGCAUGACGAGAACGACAACUCCCUGCUGAGCAUAACGGUACGCUCGGCGACCGCCUGGUGCGACGGCUACACUGUGCCACUGCUGGUGCCACUCACCGGCUGGCUGCCGGCCACUUUGCCCUCGCAGAUACGCGUGAUGACGGUGACCGGCACCGGACAGGUGCGUGACGUCUGCGUGUCGCCCACCAAGCAACAUCUCAUAUUGGCAACCAAGUCGGGUGACGUACAACUGUGGCACAUAAUGAGCAACUCGUUGGAGCACAUUUUUAAAGGUCACACCGCCGCAGUCACGUGCCUGCUAGUCGCACAACAAUCCGACAUCCUGCUGACUGGCUCCGAGGACAACACGGUGCUCGUGUGGAACGUGACGACGCGUGUGCUGAAGACCCAUAUUAAAUCUCAUGGUGGCAUUGUGACGUGCGUCGCAGCUGGCGUCAAUAGCACGUUGGCCAUUAGUGGCAGUGAGGACUCGACGAUUGCAAUUUCAGAUAUACACAGCGGUAGAUUGCUGCACAAAAUCACACAUCAUCGCGCUGCUGUGACGAGCGUGAAGGUUAGCAAUGCCUGCGAUGUGUUGAUUUCAUCAAGUCGCGAUAAAACGAUUUGCUUAUGGUCCUUGGACGAUUAUACGCUGCUGAACACCAUGCAGAUGUGCAGUCCGGUGCGGCGUAUUGACAUCUCAUGUGACUCG